UCCAAUCACUUUUGAAUGCCAGAAAAAAACAAUCGAAAUGGCUGCAAGCUUUCACGGGGACUUUCUCGGUCGGUUUCCCGCGUCGUUUCCCGCCAAAGAAUAGUGGAUUUUACUGAACAGCGGUGUCCGGUGCUGGACAGGCCCAGGAGAGGCCUGUCCACCAUCAUGGAGAAACACGGCCGAGAAGACCCUGGGAACGAGAUUGCUACUGGAGAGUGUUCGGUUCCACUGAACAGCGGUAUCGCGGCACUAAAUCAAAUCAUUACGUUUGCUGGAUGUUUGUGCGAAGAGUCCUCCAUAGAUGUAGCUUUCGACAUAGCAACCGAACGUGCACUAAUAACGUCUAUGGUGUUUGGCUGUUGUUACGAUGACAUCCACGAGAGAAACAUCAAUGUCCGCAUAGUGUGCCAUGACGACGAUGGAGAAGAUUGACUGGGAUGCGACAGUUGUGGCCAGUACUUCCACGCAAGUUGCAUCAAAGUGGAUUUCCCAGACUCUCUCUAGCUACCGGUACUUUGUCUGCCCUUGUUAAUUUCACAACAUCGUUGCGGAUUAGUGACGUAAAUUGAUAGUGGAGAAUAUUCGUCCCAGUGUGGGACUGGCUUAAGACUAAGCUAGGCUGCGUACAAUUCCUGAAAUUCCCGUUAUUUCACGAAUUAUUUGACGUUUAAGUAUUGACAAGUUUUUCGUAUUACGUAAGUAAAAUAUUGACUCGACACUCCAAGGAGAAUCUCUCUUCAAAUUUACCCUUUAAGAUUCGAAGUUACCGCCCAAAAUUCAAACGUUACUGUUAGGUUUCUUGGCGCAUUGAUAGCCUUGAAAAUGGCCUAAACACACUGAAAACAUUUUCAUUAGUUUUUGUAUAUCUUCAUCCUUUCUUCACUAUGAUCUUACACAUUUCGGGUUUGAACUUUUCGUGGGGAACACGUGCUACAGCUUACACGAUUUAUUUUAAAUUUAACCGCUGUACUAUAAACUCAUGUGUUCGACCCUCGACGAACGCCUUU